GCAACUAGAAAACGCAGGACAAUAAUGUCUCUAGCGAACGAAGCUCUGCUCCUCAUUCAAAAAAUAGUGAAGAGCCCGCCACUAAAAGCCUUCUCAAUUUUCAACUCCUCCAUUCUCCAAGGCUUCCAACACACCCACCAAUCCAUAUCCUUCAUUCUCCACCGCCUUCUCUCCUCCAACAUGCCAACACACGCCCAGUCUCUCAUUCUUCAAGUGCUCUCUGGUCGACUUUCUUCCCGUUUCUUCACUCCCUCUUCUCUCCUCCACCAUUUAACUCAACCCCACUUGAGCUCUAACCCUCUCUGUAGUCAUCUGUUUGAAACUAUCAUCAAUGCCCAUGUUCAAUCUCAGUUGCCAGAGCAAGCCCUUUGCUUUUUGAAGCAGAUGGUUGACCAGGGCCUCGUUCCCAGAUCAAACACUUUUAAUAAUCUGUUGGGUUUUCUUGUUAAGUCAAAAGAUUUUGGAAAAGCUUGGUGGGUUUUCAAUGAGUUUAAGGGUAGGGUUGAGUUGGAUGUGUAUAGUUUUGGGAUAAUGAUAAAAAGUUGCUGCGAGGCUGGUGAUUUGGAUAGAGGUUUCGAGCUAUUGGUUCAAUUGGAGGAAAUGGGUCUGUCUCCGAAUGUUGUUAUAUACUCUACUUUGAUUGAUGGGUGUUGCAAGAAUGGUGAUUUAGAGAGGGCAAAGAAGAUGUUUGGUAAAAUGGAGGAGCUUGGUCUGGUUGCUAACCAGUAUACAUAUACUGCGUUGAUUGAUGGGCUUUUCAAGAAAGGCCAUAAAAAAGAUGGGUUUGAGCUCUAUGAGAAGAUGAAAAGUAAUGGGGUUGUUCCUAAUGUCUGCACUUAUAAUUGUUUGAUUAAUGAGUGUUGCAAUGAUGGGAAAAUGAGCAGAGCUUUGGAACUGUUUGAUGAAAUGCGUGAGAGAGGAGUGGCCUGCAAUGUUGUAGCAUACAACACCGUAAUUUGCGGAUUGUGCAGGGAAAUCAGGAUGUGGGAAGCUGAGAAGUUUUUUAAUCAGAUGAUAAGGGAAGGUAUUAGUCCAAACACAGUUACUUUUAACACACUAAUUGAUGGGUUUUGUAACCUAGGAAAGUUGGACAACGCUUUGAGUUUAUUUGAUCAGUUAAAGUCAAAUGGACAAUCACCAUCUUUGGUGACUUAUAAUGUUUUGAUUCAAGCCUUUGCUAGAGCCCAAAAUUCUGCAGGAGUUGCUGAUUUAGUGAGAGAGAUGAACGACAGAGGUGUUUCUCCUUCUAAAGUGACAUAUACAAUUUUAAUCGAUGCCUUAGUUCGAUCUGGUGACAUGGAAAGAGCAUUUCAGAUGUUCUUUUCCAUGGAGAAGGCCGGUAUGGUGCCCGAUACUCACACCUAUGGUGUCUUAAUCCAUGGAUUAUGCAUGAAAGGCGAUAUGAAGGAAGCAUCGAAGCUGUUCAAAUCAAUGAGUGACACUCAUUUGGAGCCAAAUGAUGUCAUAUAUAAUAUGAUGAUUCAUGGUUACUGCAAAGAGGGUAGCUCUUACAGGGCACUGAGGUUGCUCAAAGAAAUGAGAAAGAAUCGAAUGAUUCCAAAUGUGGCUAGCUACAAUUCCACCAUUGGAGUGCUUUGUAAUGAUGGCAAGUGGGAGGAGGCCGAGUUUCUGCUUAAAGAGAUGAUGGAGUCAGAUUUAAGACCAUCAGUUUCUUUGUAUAACAUACUUUCUAAAGCGAAAGGUGAUAGUACACUGGUGAAGUUAUGAAUGUUUGAAUGCAAAUGAGAAUCCCAAUUUCUGAAACUGUCCAUAAGAUGGAAUCAUAUGUCUCAUUCAUAAGACCCGGACACCUUGUUUGGUUUCCCGGACAACACCCAUAUGUAUUGACUAAAGAGCUCUUUUGAGGUACAAGAAGUCUCACGGCUGUACAGCUUCAUACUCCAAUAUCUUGCCUCACCCAGUAAGGAUCUCAGUCUCAAAAUGUCUUCUUAUAUAUUCUGUUUUUUUUUUUUUUUGGCUGGGCAAUUACAUUGUUGUUCAUGAGGUUCUGUAUAUCUAUACAACAUUCUAUUCAAUUCUUUCGUAAUGGAACUUUUUUU